CCCGGGGGCAGCACGGCCUACGUGGUGUGCGGGGUCAUCAGCUUCGCCCUGGCGGUGGGCGUCGGCGCCAAAGUGGCCUUCAGCAAGGCGUCCCGUGCGCCCAGGGCGCAUCGGGAGAUCAACGUGCCCAGGGCUCUGGUGGACAUUCUGAGGCAUCAGGCGGGGCCUGGGAACCGCCCGGACCGGGCAAGAAGCAGUUCCUUGACCCCGGGGGUCGGGGGCCCCGACAGCAUUCCCCCGAGGACGCCCAAGAACCUCUACAACACUGUGAAGCCUCCCAAUCUCGACUGGCGCGCUGCUCCGCCACCCAGCCCCUCCUUGCACUACUCUACGCUCUCCUGCUCACGGUCCUUCCACAACCUCUCACAUCUGCCCCCGUCCUACGAGGCUGCUGUGAAAUCCGAACUCAACCGCUACUCCUCCCUCAAGAGACUGGCUGAGAAGGAUCUGGACGAGGCCUACCUGAAGCGCCGGCACCUGGCUGAGAUGCCCCGCGGGACGCUGCCCUUGCAUGCCCUUCGGCGACCCGGCACAGGGGGCGGCUACCGCAUGGAUGCCUGGGGCGGCCCUGAGGAGCUGGGCCUGGCGCCCGCGCCCAACCCGCGGCGUGUCAUGUCCCAGGAGCACCUGCUGGGCGACGGAGGCCGGUCGCGCUACGAAUUCACCCUGCCGCGCGCACGCCUCGUGUCGCAGGAGCACCUGCUCCUGUCGUCGCCCGAGGCCCUGCGCCAGAGCCGGGAGCACCUGCUGUCGCCCCCGCGCAGCCCCGCGCUGCCUCCGGAGCCUGCCGCCCGCGCGGGCCUGGCCGCUUCCCAUUCCAACUUGCUGCUAGGACCCGGGGGGCCCCCCACGCCGCUCCACGGGCUGCCCCCGCCGCCUGGCCUGCAUGCGCACCACCACCACGGCCUGCACGGCUCCCCGCAGCCUGCCUGGAUGUCGGACGCCGGCGGGGGAGGGGGCACGCUGGCCCGUAGGCCACCCUUCCAGCGCCAGGGCACGCUGGAGCAACUGCAGUUCAUCCCCGGCCAUCACCUGCCCCAACACCUGCGCACCGCCAGCAAGAACGAGGUGACGGUCUGAGGCCAGGCCCGGGGGCUUGGGGGCUGCAGCCCCGCGGGCCCCCAUCCCAGCCUGGAUCCCCCAACACACUCUAGGGGCCUGGGACCCAGGAUCAGCCUGUGGGCAGGGGGCUGCCUCAGAGGACACUGCUUUGGAUGAAAUCGUCACCGGAGACAAAAACUCCUUCUGGGAUGUCAUGGUAGAUAAGAUCCCUCUUCCUAUGUCACUGUUUGAGGCAAGGCCUCUUUCCCAUGACGUUAUCGCAGAGGAAGAGCCCUGCCCAUGACGUCAUCACUAGUGAAAAUGUCUGUGUUCUGUGAUGUCGUCACAGGGACAAAACCUUCUUCCAAUGAAUCCAUUACAGAGGAACAGGCCCACCCCUGAGGUCAUCGCUAGAGACCACGUCUCUUUUCCAUGAAGUCAUCACAGACUUUCUCCCUGUGAUGUCACAGCAGAGACAAUGCCUUGUCCUAUGACAUCAUCCCUAGAGACAAAGAUUCCUUCCUGUGAAUGUCAUUGCAGACAAAUCUCACCCUGAUGAUGUCAUCUCCGGCACCAAAAGGCCUCUUUUGACAUCAUCAACAGCAGGAAAAUAUUUUCUUCCAGAGAAGAUGUCUCUGUCUAUGAUGUUGUCACUACAGACAAAGCCAUCUUCCUGGGACACAUUGCAGGGGAAGGCCUUGCCAACUUUGUCCUCCCUAUACGUUAAGACCUUUCCACGACACUGUCACAGGGACUCUGCCUCCUUCCUGUGAUGCCAUCUCCAGAGAAGGUGCCUUGCCCUAUGACAUGAUAAGAGGGACUGUGCCUCUUCCCAUGAUGUCAUCACCAGGGAUGACAGCCCGCUUCUGGGACACCUCCAGGAUGAGGCCCCUUCUACGAUCUCACCUCUGGACACUGCCUGUUCUGGGGUGAUGCUCUAAGACACCUCUAUGCCAGGUCAUGAGAAGGCAGGGCAUGCCCCGAACCCACUGCUACCCUGGGGUCACCAGAGAAAAGUGCCCUGACCUGAGGAGUUGUCCGAGGGAAUGUCACCACUGGGGAGGCAACCCCAUCUGCAGAGGUCUCCACCGAGAUGAUGGUCUGACUGUAGGUUGUUGGCAGUGGGCCCCCUCUGAGGUUCUGUCCCAAAGCUGUGAUGUCAUCACCAGAGACACUGCCUGCUCUGGAGGGCCAUCACUUGUGAUGGUGUCACCAGAGUUUCUGCUUUGUCCUGCCAUGACUUAACUUGGUCACUCCUUUCCCUGACACCAGGGACAUGCCCUGCAGGAUCUCCACCAGACCUUCCCUCUAAAGGGGGUUGGGCCUCAGAGCCCACCCUGUGCAGUGAUCUCGCCUCCUGUGUGACUCCUGGAGGACAGGACUCCCAGACUGGCUUCUGCUCCCAAGAAGGCCACUCUGGCCCACCAGCCUCCCAGAGUCCUGGGACUCAUAGUGGCCCAAAGGCUGGCAUCACUUCUGCCAUAACUAGAGACAUCGUCGCCUCUGUCAACAAACUCCUGGCUUCCUGUUGGGGGUGAGGUGGGAUGGGGUUGGUUGGGGUGUGCCCACUAUUGAUUUUGCUGAUGAUAUCAUCAGUACCAUAAGACUUCCACCACUCAUGAUGGCAUUGUACCUGGGGUCAAAUGCUAACCAUGCCUGAUGAUGACAUCAUUUCCCAGGAUUCCCUAUGACCCAUGGUGUCUUCAUCUCCCAGGAUCUACCACAACCAUCGUAUCAUCAUCUCCUAGGAUGCAUUAUGACAUAUUAUGUCAUUACCUUCCAGAAUCCUCUAUGGCUUGAUGGUAACAUCCUCUACCAGGAUCCACUAGUAUUGAUGCCACCAUUUCCCAUAGUCCCCCAUAAUUGUGGUGUCAUCACCUCCCAGGAUCCACUUCAACCAUGGUGUCAUCACCUCCCAGGAUCCACUUCAACCAUGGUGU